AUGGCAAUCAUUCCCGUGCUGGAAAGCGCACAAUUCAUCUGUAAAGAUAACCCGCAUAUUACGAUCAACGAACAAGCCAUACCCGCUAUCGCACGUGAACUUUCAGAGACGCUCAAGACUUACACUCCGCACGUCUGGCGAGAACAGUCGCUGCACAACAUACCCGUCGUACCAUACGAUCCUUACCACCGUUCCACAUGGGAAACUCUAGACUGGCUCUUCUUCAUCUCAACACUUAAUUUUUCAUUCUGGUCUGAUGCUGGCUCUGUGCGCCGUUUUGCGGUCGACUGGAACGGACAGACAUGGGAUGGUUACUACUCGCUGCUUGCAGUGGUGAAACGUGCACUGGAGGCCGGAGUGCCGAUCACAAGUCCAAGCUUCUACGGCGACCCCGCGAAAUGCUCUGAUAAACAGCUGAGAAAGUUUUUUGCGCCAUGCGACGACAAGUUGCCCCGCGAGAAUCUUCCGCUCAUGAAUCAGCGAAUCAAGUUCCUGCGGGAAGUCGGCGGCAUCCUCAACCAGCAUUAUGGGGGUUCCUUCGCUGGUUUCCUGAAUGAAUGGGGUGAAAAGUAUGGAUCCUUACGUUCUGCACUACAACUGGUUCAAAUGGUGGCCGACACCUUUCCAUGCUACCGCGACCAAUGGCCGUAUAAAGGCCAAGUAGUAAAACUGUGGAAGAGAGCCCAGAUUCUCGUGGCGGAAACCUGGGCUGCCUUCCAUCCUACAGACCCCAGCCUCCCACACCCCAUUUUCCCCCACGGUAUCCGCGAAUUGACGAUGUUUGCUGACUACCGGGUACCCCAGCUGUUGAUGCACUACGACCUACUCAUCCCCUCUCCCUCUCUCUCGCUCAAGCUCUCUACUAAAGCUGAUAUUUCUCCUGGUGCAGAAGAGGAGAUCGCUAUCCGCGGCGCGUCGGUGCUCUCUGUCAACCUCCUACGGCAGGAAGUACAGCGCCUCCGCGGUAAGGAGUCGGACGACACGAGCGACGUGAUGCUCGAUUUCUGUUUGUGGGACGAGGCGAAGCGCCUCGAAAGGAUGGGGGUGGAAAUGCCCGAGGCGAUGAGAGUUCGCGGUGUAUUUUACUGA